AUGUCAGGCUCGGGCAGGAAGGACUUUGACGUGAAGCACAUCUUGCGCCUUCGCUGGAAACUAUUCAGCCACCCGUCGGCGCCGGCCGGGCCGGUGGGGGGCGGCUGCUUGCAGCCGGACGGCAGCUUCGAGCACUGGGGGCCGAGCCAGAGCCGCCUGCUGAAGAACCAGGAGAGGGGCAGCAGCGCCUUCUGGAAGAAAUCCUCUUCCUCCAGCCCGCUGAACGGGACCCUGCUGCCCGCCACCAGGCAUGGGCUGGGGCAGCGGCCGUCGCCCAGGACCGUCUUCUAUGUGGAGACCCUGGAGGAGGAGGAGGUGCGCGGCGGGAUGGAGCUUACCCGAGAGCAGGAGAAGUCGCUGGUGCUGCAGGAGAUGAAGGAGGAGCCGGCGGACUGUAGCAGCCAAGCAACAGGUGAAGGAUGUGGACACAGGUUGUCAGCAGCCGGCCAUCCCCUGACACCUCAAUGUGAUAUGGACUCCAGUAGCUCUGAGGAGUUCUAUCAGGCAGUGCACCAUGCUGAACAAACCUUCAGAAAGAUGGAAAGCUACUUGAAGCAACAGCAACUCUGUGAUGUUAUCCUGAUUGCUGGGAACCGUAGGAUACCUGCACAUAGGCUUGUUCUCAGUUCUGUCUCUGACUACUUUGCUGCCAUGUUUACGAGUGAUGUUUGUGAGGCCAAGCAAGAGGAGAUCAAAAUGGAAGGCAUCGACCCUAAUGCGCUGUGGGAUCUUGUUCAGUUUGCAUACACAGGUUGCUUGGAAUUGAAGGAGGACACCAUUGAAAACCUUCUGGCAGCUGCCUGCCUCCUUCAACUCCCACAAGUAGUAGAGGUUUGCUGCCAUUUUCUAAUGAAGCUUUUACAUCCAUCCAACUGUUUGGGAAUACGAGCAUUUGCUGAUGCACAGGGGUGCACAGAUCUUAUGAAGGUGGCUCACAGCUACACCAUGGAGAACAUAAUGGAAGUUAUUAGAAAUCAAGAGUUUUUACUACUGCCGGCUGAGGAACUACAUAAACUUCUUGCCAGUGAUGAUGUGAAUGUUCCUGAUGAAGAGACUAUUUUCCAUGCCUUAAUGAUGUGGGUUAAAUAUGACAUGCCGAGGAGAUGUAGUGACCUCAGUAUGCUGCUUGCCUAUAUCAGAUUACCACUGCUUCCACCACAGAUAUUGGCUGACCUAGAAAAUCAUGCACUUUUUAAGGAUGACUUGGAAUGUCAGAAGCUAAUUCUGGAAGCUAUGAAAUACCAUCUUUUACCAGAAAGAAGAACUCUAAUGCAAAGUCCAAGGACUAAACCUAGAAAAUCUACAGUUGGAACACUGUAUGCUGUUGGAGGAAUGGACAACAACAAAGGUGCUACAACUAUAGAGAAGUAUGAUCUCAGGACAAAUAUAUGGAUCCAGGCUGGAGUGAUGAAUGGCAGGAGGCUGCAGUUUGGUGUGGCUGUCAUUGAUGAUAAACUCUUUGUUAUUGGAGGCCGGGAUGGUUUAAAGACAUUAAACACUGUUGAAUGUUACAAUCCAAAAACCAAGGCUUGGACUGUCUUACCCCCAAUGUCAACACAUAGGCAUGGUUUAGGUGUUACAGUACUUGAAGGGCCUAUUUAUGCAGUGGGUGGCCAUGAUGGCUGGAGCUAUUUGAACACGGUUGAGAGGUGGGAUCCACAAAGUCAGCAGUGGACAUUUGUGGCAAGUAUGUCAAUUGCCAGAAGCACUGUUGGAGUGGCAGCAUUAAAUGGCAAGUUAUAUUCAGUGGGAGGUCGUGAUGGAAGUUCUUGUUUGAGUUCAAUGGAGUAUUAUGAUCCUCACACAAAUAAAUGGAAUAUGUGUGCUCCAAUGUGUAAGAGAAGAGGAGGCGUAGGUGUGGCCACAUGUGAUGGCUUUCUCUAUGCAGUUGGAGGCCAUGAUGCUCCUGCUUCUAACCACUGUUCCCGACUUCUGGACUAUGUAGAAAGAUAUGAUCCAAAAACUGAUACUUGGACAAUGGUGGCUCCAUUGAGUAUGCCUCGAGAUGCAGUUGGUGUCUGUCUUCUUGGUGAUAAAUUAUAUGCAGUGGGUGGAUAUGAUGGCCAGACAUACCUGAACACUAUGGAAUCAUAUGACCCUCAAACUAAUGAAUGGACGCAGAUGGCUUCCCUAAAUAUUGGAAGAGCUGGUGCCUGCAUCGUAGUCAUCAAGCAACCGUGA